AUGGCCCCUUCCUCCGACCUCCUCAUCCUUCUCCUCCUCUUCGUCGUCUUCUCCACCACCCUCACAUCCUCCUUCCCAUACUACCCACCUAUCCCCUCCUUGAACCCCAUUGACUCCUGCUGGCGCUACGACCCCCUCUGGUCAUCCCAUCGUCAAAGCCUCGCCAAUUGCCCCCGCGGCUUCGGCGCCACCGCCAUCGGUGGCAAAUACGGCCCCAUUUACACCGUCACCGACCCCUCCGACAACCCUCUCAACCCCACCCCCGGCACUCUCCGCUACGCCGCAAUCCAAAACAACCCUCUAUGGAUCAUUUUCUCAAGAGACAUGUCCAUCAAACUUAAGAACGAGCUUAUCAUAAAUAGCUAUAAGACCAUCGAUGGGCGAGGAGUUAAGGUCGAUAUUGGCAAUGGCGGGCCUUGCAUUACUAUACAGGAUGUGAGCCACGUGAUCGUGCAUGGGAUUACGAUCCAUGGAUGCACGAAAGGUAAAGCUGGGAUUGUGCGUAGCUCUCCAACGCAUGCAGGGCAUCGUCAGGGCUCUGAUGGCGAUGCUGUAACAAUUUGGUCUUCAACGGAUGUUUGGAUUGAUCACUGUAACUUGUCGUCAUGCUUCGAUGGGUUGGUGGAUGUUACGCAUGGUUCUACGAGGGUGACCAUUUCGAAUAAUUUGUUUGCUGAUCAUGAUAAAGUAAUGCUGUUUGGACAUGUGGAUGGGUUUGCACCUGACAAGGCGAUGAAGGUGACGGUGGCCUUCAAUCGAUUUAGCGUAGAUUUGAUCCAGAGAAUGCCACGGGUCAGAACAGGCUACGCUCACGUCGCGAAUAACAGGUACGAUGGAUGGGAGAUGUACGCCAUAGGAGGGAGCUCAAAUCCUACUAUUCUCAGUGAAGGAAACUACUACGUGGCUCCGAACAAUCGAGAUGCAAAGGAAGUUACCAAAAGAGAGGAAGGAAAUUGGAAGAACUGGAAAUGGAGAUCAACAAAAGACCUCUUUCUCAAUGGAGCAUACUUUGUUCCUUCGGGAUGGGGAAGCUGCACACCUGUUUAUUCUUCUUCACAGCAGUUCUAUGUUGCAACUGGAUCAAUGGUUCCAUUGUUAACUGCAAAUGCCGGAGUUCUUAGUUGUUCGAUGGCAAAGCCAUGCGUGGUCGGAUAUUUACUACUGAAGCAGGGAAAGCAGAGAAUGAUAGCGUCGAAGAGGAAAGGCCAAUUUUGUCGAAAAGCAAUAGGGAUGAAGAUUGGAUCUCAGGAAUACGUAAACAAGAACCCAAAUGGGCGAAACCCAACAAAAUCUAAUACCAGGCAGAACCGAAUCAGCUCAGUAUGGCCCCUCCUCCACACCUCCGUGAUUCAUUUCGACACGAUAUCUACACGAAACACGAUUUCCACCGCGCUCGUACUGGCGCUCUCGAAUCAAGAAUCAGUAACCCAUCGGCCGCCGGCGACAGUCAUAGGUGCUGAUGAAUUUCUUUCUCGCAGCGCAUUCCGGCUACUUCCGAACUUCGACCAGUUUCAUCCCAAGUCCAUUAGGGUGUGA